AUAACGGAGAGUAGUAAUUUUCCAUUAAAAAAUCAUUUCCAGCAGCACCGAGAUCUGGCAAAGUUGCCUAAGGGGCUCGGACUCGUGUCAUCUCUCCUAAAAUGGCCAAACCAACACCGGAGCAGCAGAUCUGAUCGCGAAUCUAGGCCUCUGUGGCCGUUUGAUCUACGAUCUCAGCCUUAGUUCAGAAUUCAGCAGCCGCCAAUGGCCGGAGCGGCGUCGGCGUUGUUCCUCUUGGACAUCAAGGGCCGGGUACUCGUGUGGCGAGACUAUCGCGGCGAUGUCUCCGCCUCCCAAGCCGAACGUUUCUUCACCAAGCUGCUCGAGAAAGAGGGAGAUCCUCAAGAUCCUGUUGCAUACGAUAGCGGUGUUACAUAUAUGUUUAUCCAGCAUAACAAUGUGUACCUUAUGAUUGCGUCAAGGCAGAACUGCAACGCUGCUAGUCUUCUUCUGUUUCUACACCGUGUAGUCGAAGUGUUCAAGCAUUAUUUUGAGGAGUUGGAAGAAGAAUCUUUGAGAGAUAAUUUUGUUGUAGUGUAUGAGUUACUUGAUGAAAUCAUGGACUUUGGAUAUCCUCAAUUUACUGAAGCCAAAAUUCUUAGUGAAUUUAUCAAGACUGAUGCUUAUAGGAUGGAAGUUACACAAAGGCCUCCAAUGGCAGUCACUAAUGCAGUAUCUUGGCGCAGUGAAGGGAUAAAUUACAAGAAAAAUGAAGUAUUUUUAGACGUUGUGGAGAGUGUUAACAUUCUUGUCAAUAGUAAUGGACAAAUAGUGCGGUCAGAUGUUGUUGGUGCCUUAAAGAUGAGGACAUAUUUGAGUGGUAUGCCCGAGUGUAAACUUGGCCUGAAUGAUAGAGUACUACUGGAGGCUCAAGGGCGGUCUACUAAGGGAAAAGCCAUUGAUUUAGAUGACAUCAAGUUCCAUCAAUGUGUUAGACUAGCCCGCUUUGAAAAUGAUCGAACAAUAUCUUUCAUACCUCCAGAUGGAUCUUUUGAUCUCAUGACCUACAGGCUAAGUACUCAGGUUAAGCCUUUGCUAUGGGUAGAAGCUCAAGUGGAAAGGCACUCUAGGAGCCGCAUAGAAUUUAUGGUGAAAGCACGGAGCCAAUUUAAAGAGCGCAGUACCGCAACAAAUGUUGAAAUUGAGUUACCUGUACCAAUCGAUGCUACUAAUCCUAAUGUCCGCACUUCCAUGGGUUCUUCUACUUAUGCUCCUGAAAAGGAUGCAUUGAUUUGGAAAAUAAAGUCUUUUCCAGGUGGUAAGGAAUAUAUGCUGAGAGCAGAGUUUCGCCUUCCUAGUAUUACCUCUGAGGAAGCAGCCCCUGAGAGAAAAGCUCCUAUUAGAGUGAAGUUUGAAAUACCAUAUUUUACCGUUUCAGGAAUACAGGUUCGAUACUUGAAGAUCAUUGAAAAAAGUGGCUACCAGGCUCUUCCUUGGGUGAGAUAUAUCACUAUGGCUGGCGAAUACGAGUUAAGACUCAUGUAAAAACUUCUUCUAUAUGGUAUAUUUUUCUUCUCUAAAUGUCACCAACCUAUUUAAGUUUUUCCAAGGAAAUUUCAGUAGCUGUGAUGGUUCUGAUGAGGCUAAAAUAUCUUGUCUUGUAAGAUUUUUUUUCUUUUCAUUUUCCACUUUGUGGUGAUACCAUGAAACAGCUGUUUCAAAUGAGUUUCGUUUGCUUGGGUGACCUGCACAGUUUUGCUGGCCUUGGUUUUAGGGCGUGUUUGGCAAACAUCAUGUAGCAGAUAUCAAUUUGUAUUAGCAGUUUUGACUAGGAGUUAACAGCUUUUAGCCUUUUAAAACCAUCUCUUUUCCCCAGCAUAUUCCUCAGAAUUAUGAUUUACCAGACAUUUCAGUUAGGAUUUUUAGCAUAUUUUUAGAUAGGAUCUAAGACUUCUGGCCAAUACAAUCUUAAAAAAUAG